ACACUCACCAAAACCCUAUUAACAGAUCUGUAAACCACCGCCGCCGCUGCAGAUGGAUCGGGAAAACGCUCCUCCUCCGAGCAGGAAACUCUGCCAUCUUCCCGAAGAAUUAAUCGAAGAAAUACUGUCAAGACUUGCGGUGAAAUCACUGCUGAGAUUCAGGUGCGUUUCGAAAUCAUGGCGUUGUUUAAUGAGUAGCGAGAGAUUCAUCAGAACCCAACUCGAGAAAUCAAGCAAUGACCCAACUGCCGCCCAUUGGCAAGUUCUGUUCAACUGUGGCUGUGGUUCAAAAUUUUCAACAUCUGGAUUGCAGCAAUGCUCUGUGCGUUCCUUCUUGGAUGACCCCGACGUCGAUCCUUCCCCUAUCGACGAUCCGACCAAUCAUCAUCUGACGACAGGUGGUUAUCUCGUCGGAAACUGUGACGGGCUACUUUGCAUUCUCAAGAAACCAGGGAGCUUUUUCUUGUGGAACCUAGCCACUAGAAUCUCCAUGGAAUUACCCAAAAUAGACCUCAAAAUCACAAAAUCUGGGUUCGGCCACGACGAUGAAAGUGGUGCAUACAAGGUGUUUGUUGUUGGGUCGACGUAUGCCGAGGAAAAGCGAGAGUGGAUAGGUAAGCAUUAUAGUUCGAAGACGAAUUCAUGGAAAACAGUAAAGCUCGGGUGCCAUGCCGUCGGAGUUGGAGCUGAAUAUAUAAGUCCCAACAAGUGGUUUAGGCAUAUGGUUUGGACGGCACGUAGGGUGAAAGAGAACACCGGUUAUGAACCCGCCUUCAUGACUCGCACGAUUGUAAACAAGAGAAUGAAGGAGUUUUUGCAGAUCAUGAAUAAUUUUGUUUACGUUGAAAGUUUAGUCUCGCCAGUUCCUCAGAAUCUUUGAUUUCUUGCUGUUUAAUUAGGAUUUAUGAUUUGUUAAUUAGUUUGUGUAGGACAAUACAAUUUGAACACGAUGUUUAUUACGAUUUCUUCUUAUUGAAAU